AUGCGAAGGAGAAAUAAGAUAAAAGUAUCGUCAAGGAGUACUCCGAAGAAUGUCAAGGUCGAUUCAUCCUCUGUUUUUGCAGAAGAACCGGAAGAAGAGGAUGUCUCGUUGAAGGUUAAACUUCGCCAGAGAAGCAAGCCUCAGAAUUACCAUGAAGCUGAGAGUAAGAUAUAUCCGCCGCUGUCGCCUGUUCAACCCACGGAAGUCAUGGGAGAAGAUUUCAAGAUUAUGAACCUUGACGAUAUAGAAGAACUCGAUCGUAAUCAUCAUGAUAAUGACGACAGCCAUCAAAUAUUAUCAAACGAAGAGAGUUCCUCUUCGAUCCUCGUUCCAUCGUACACUGCAAUCGAGGCUUCCAGGAAGCAGAGAGCUUACUUGCGCCAGCGGAAUGGUCAAACGUCUACGGGUUUUUAUUCUGCGAAGCCUGACGUCGAAUAUAAUGAAAAAGAAUACGUGAAACUACUGAAUCAGGACGACAAAGAAGAGCUUUCGGAUAUAUUGGGCAAGGAGGCUCUUGCGGGUCGGUCACAGGAUGAAGAAGAUCUCUACGUAGACCUUGGUGAUUUCGAGGACGAGAAUUUGACUCUCAGCGCAAAGCAGAAGGCUAUAACCAAAAUGGAAAGAAAAAAAGCCAUACAACUUGCAUUGGAAGAAGACUCCGGGUUUCUUGAUUCUGACUGGGAAGCUCACCAGCUGCACAAGACUGCUACGACUCAAAAGCUUACCCCCCGACCACCACCCACCAAGAAACCUUUAAACCUUGAUGAAAUGAUCGAGCAACUAAGCGAUCUAUCUUUGCAGAAUGAAAAGCAGACUAAAAUUUUGACCUCUCAAAUUAAAAUAUUAAGCAAUGAAAAACAGACUCUGUUGUCGAGGAGGGCCGAUCUGUUAAAACAGCUUGAUACCUUAAUUUCAUGA